AUGGCUGUCCUGAGGAGGGGAGGGAAGAAGGACAGUGCAUUUAGUUUGCAGCAACUCUAUGCAGCCAAAGGACCUUUGACAAGUGGCUCCACUGCUGAGGAGAUGAUAGAUUUCCCAGUCUUCCUGGACACCUCCCAGCGGGGACUUUGGCCCAGCAGUCUCUUCUUCCUCAUCCACCUUCUCCUUCUCCAACCUGGGGAGCCAAAUUCAGAGGAAGUCAAGGUGAUUGGCCCUGGGGAAUCUAUCCUGGCGAUCGUCGGGGAAGAGGUGGAGUUCCCAUGCCACCUGUCACUGUAUCUGGACGCCGAGUACAUGGAGAUCCUCUGGUUCCGGAGCCAGACCUCCGACGUGGUGCAUCUGUAUCAGGAGCGACAGGAGCUCCAUGAGCAGCAGAUGGCUCAGUUUCAAAACAGAACCAAACUCGUCAAGGACGACAUCGUCCAUGGCAGUGUGAUCCUGCAGCUCACUGGCGUGACCCCUGCAGAUGAGGGCCCUUAUGGGUGCCGCUUCCUCUCCAGCAACUCCUCUGGGGAAGCUGUCUGGGAGCUGGAGGUAGCAGGGCUGGGCUCAGACCCUCACAUCUCCCUUGAGGGCUUCAAGGAAGGAGGCAUUCAGUUAAAGUGCAGCUCCAGUGGCUGGUACCCCAAGCCCAAAGUUCAGUGGCAAGACCGUCGGGGACAGUGCCUGCCUCCAGAAUCUGAAGCCAUCAUCCAGGACGCCCAGGGCCUGUUCAGGCUCGAAACAUCUGUGGUCAUCCAAGGAGGGGCCCACAGCAAUGUGUCGUGCUCCAUCCAGAACCCCCUCCUGAGGCAGAAAAAAGAAUUUGUGGUCCAAAUAGCAGACGUAUUUUUACCUGCGCCCUCACCGUGGAAGCGAGCUUUCCUCGGGACUCUGGUGGGACUGCCGCUCCUCCUCGCCCUCUUCGCGACGCUGGUUCUGUGCUUCUUUCACAAGCAACGGCGGUCCCAAGAAAAGCUGAAGGAGCAGGCGGAGAAGGACAAAGUGAAACUCACGACAGAGCUGGGGGAGCUGCAGACAGAGCUUGACUGGAGAAGGGCUGAAGGCCAGGCUGAGUGGAGAGCAGCCCAACAGUAUGCAGUGGACGUGACCCUAGAUCCAGCCUCGGCGCACCCCAGCCUGGAGGUCUCCCAGGAUGGCAAGAGCGUGUCCUCUCGUGGGUGGGCAUCAGUUUCAGCAGUGCCCAGCGACCCACAGCAGUUUACCGAGCAGAAGUGCGUGCUGAGCCGCGAGCGCUUCCUGGCGGGCCGCCACUACUGGGAGGUGGAUGUGGGCCGGCGCAGCCGCUGGUUCCUGGGCGCCUGCCUGGCGGCGGUGGUGCGCACAGGGCAGGCGCGCUUGAGCCCGGCCGCCGGCUAUUGGGUGAUGGGGCUGUGGAACAGCUGUGAGUAUUUCGUCCUGGAGCCGCGGCGCGUGGCGCUCACCCUACGCGUGCCGCCCCGGCGCGUGGGCAUCUUCCUGGACUACGAGGCCGGGAAGCUGGCCUUCUUCAACGUAUCCGACGGUUCCCACAUCUUCACCUUCACCGACACCUUCUUGGGGCCGCUCUGUGCGUACUUCAGGCCCAGAGCCCCCGAUGUCAGCGAACACACAGAUCCGCUCACCCUCUGCUCAUUGCCGUCGGUUAGAGGAACAUGCGUCCUUGAAGAGAACGACGGUGUCACCUGGGAACAGCCCUAUGAGCCUCAGACUCCGCCUUGGGUCUGUGGUAAGGCACUCUUGUGGCCGCAGGGCUGGUCUAGGGUGGAGAAAGCACCUCCAAAGUGUCAGCAAAGACCACAGUCUCAGCACAGCAGAAGGAGGACAGAGAAAGGGACUUGGCCUGUGUAGA